CUCUCAUCUGAUUGGCUGACGCGUGGGAAUAUUCAAAUCAGGUGGUGAUUGAUUGGCCCGGAGCCGGUCUCAACCGUGCGGAGCUUUCAUUUCCAGUCCGACAUCACUCUCGGUGUCACACACGGCUCUUCGCUGUCGGGAUGCAACACACACACCACUGCGAGGAGGUACAAAUAACAACAUCGAAUUAACAAUAUUAGUCGUUUACAAGGGAGACAGGAGGAGCGCGUGCUGUUAAUGGAGGCAGGCUUUCCCAUGGAUGUUGGCUCCUCGGCGAAAACACACUGCUUUUUCUGCUACGGAAAUACGCCUUCCGACCUGGAGAGCAGCCUAUCAACCGUGGCCGACCAAAGAUAAACAAGCCUUAUGAUAACACCAAACUCUGUUUCUUCAGGCUGUGUGCAGCCCUAGUCCACUAUCAUGCUGGCCUGCAUUCAGAGACAGCAGAACCUCACCUCUCAGCGUCUGGCCUGCACAGCCAAAAGCCUCGAUGUUCCGCCACCGUCGCCCUCAUCAUCCUCCACUCUACGACGGCAAUGUGUCCAUAAAGGCGAGCCGGCCCCCAUGGUCUCGCGCUAUCCUUCCCCGGCAGAGUUGGAUGCCUUCGCCCAGAAGACCGCCAACAGCCCGCUGUCCAUCAAGAUCUUUCCGACAGACAUUCGGGUGCCACAACACAAACAGCUCAACAAAAUAGUCAAUGGACUGGACACGACCGGCCAACACUACGGCUCCUACUCGCACCACUACUCAGGAGGGCAUCAGGGUCUGCUGGCCAUCGUGAAGGCCUCGGUGGUGGUCAAAGGUGUGGUGAAGAACUCGGAGGGCAGACGGACUAAACACACAAACACAUCUGUGGCUCCUUACAACAAUCCUCUGAAUAACGGCUUUGCAGUCCGGCACCGGCACAAGGCCUAUCAUAUAAGCUCAUGUAAGCCCCCCGAUGUCCCCAUUGAGACGCUGUGUUCUCGGAUGUCCUCUGGAGAUCAGAGCCGGGUCCCCCAGUCCGAGCUGGCGGAGGUACAAAGCCUGAUGAGGCAGAUGAGCGGCCAGAGCCAGGCCGUGCAUCUCGGGGGCGAGGCCCAGUCCAGCCCCUCGCUGCAGGCUGUCGCCGCCGUGCCGCAGUCAGAGUCAGACUUCAUCCUCGGGGUACCGCCGCAGAGCAGCCUGGCCUACACCGGGGCGGUCCUGCCCACACAGAGUGCAACCAAAGUUGGGUACAUGGAGAAGGGAGACUACGCCACAUGGCACCACAAGCAGCAAAUGCGGCAGCAGGUGUACCCAGGCGUGAGGAUGUACACCAACACCGGGCAGUCUCCAGAAAGCUGCCUCUCGCUGGCUCAGUCUUCUCAGAUACCGUACCGACUCCCCAUGCCCACGAGGCAGGAGCGGGUGAGCGGCUCCAACAUGCAGGGGGAGUUCUCCGUAAGACAGUACUACGCUCCUCUCUGGGACAACAUCUCCACGUCUAGUAGCGACUGUUAUACGUCUCAGGUGCUGGCAUCGGGUCCACAUGCCGCCAGGCCUGGGGAACUGCCACUCCCUCACCACCACCUCCACCCAAACCGCCAUCAGCUUCACCUCGCACACAGCCAGGCCUACAGUGCGGAGCAGAACCUGUGCUGUGGGCUCCCCAGCUCGAACCUGUGCCACGCUGCAGUACUGAGCAGCAGCCUGCAGUCUCUGGAGUGCCUCAUCAGCGAGAUCCACCCUCCCUGCAUCAAAGAGCGCAUGCUGGGCCGUGGGUACGAAGCUAUGGGGAUGCCUCCGCUACUGGAGCACCACCAGCAAAACCACAUCCAGCUGCCAGUCUACAGAUGAGACGCAGGGCAACCCCACAGCAGGAAACAGAAGCGACAACCCUUUUUUAUAGUCUGUCAGUUUAGACACGUAUGGAAAUGAGACAUGCCUCUUCGGUUUGUGCAUGUUCUGUGUAAGUGAAAGGCUUUUUUUUGUUGGAGCCUGAAAACGGUAAAUGAUAAUCAUACCUGAAUCCAGGUUUUAUCCUACGGACUUGUUAUUUUUCUAUACUCAAUGGCCAUCCAACCUGCCUGUGGUUCGUUUGAUAAUGACGGUUUAUUAUUUGCAUAUUUUCCUCGUGUAUGCUCUUUGCAAAAAUGGAAACUGUUGGCACGAGUGCCGGGCUGUAAAGAUCCACCAUAUUUUUCAAUGCUCAGUUAUGUGACGCUAUUUAUCGACACCUUUCAUCUGUCUUGAUGUUUGUCUUGGCUUCUCAUUGCCGACCUUACACACUACAUUCCGGAUAAUAUUCUGUAAUUCCAGCCUUGGCCACUAAACUUUCACCCUUCUGGUGUGCGGUAAUGGAAUUCUCAGGCGGCCUAAGGAGGGCAAGGCUGUUUACGCCUGAUGUUUAUCUUUGAAAAGUCAUGGAGGUGCCCAAACAAAAAGUACACAUGAGGUCUGUGUCCUGAAGUGGUUUGGAUUUUCUCACACUGAGCAGGUUUAAUCUGGAACAUCCUCCCCCCACUUGGAAUUGCAGUGUAGCAUGAGUGAGAAGAAACAAACGUACUAACAUCAUUUGUGUUACUGAAGCAGCUUUUUUGAUGUAAUGGACUGUAUGUGCAAGCGUGCACUGCCGUAGUUACAGGAAAUAAUAAGUUGCCUCACGGCGCUUUCACACUGCGGGUUCUGUCUCGAGACAAAGCUCUUUCAGCUCAGAAGUCUGAGAUGUGAACACAAGCGAGUCAGGCUUUGGCCGCGGACUUGAUCCCGGCUGGAGACCUGCACUUUGUCUCGGGAAACUCUCCACGGGGGGUGAGCUUCUCGCCUCAGGCGACUCGGUGCGAGAUGCUACGUAAACACCUGAUUUUAUUGACAGACAGAUUUACUUAAAUGAAUAAUGCUGCACUCUACAGUAACUGUUUUCACUGCUGUGAUCUCGCAGCUGUCUGCAUGAGGACAGCCAAGAGGAAAGAUGCUGGUUUUUCCUAGGUUACCAGACUAUUCAUCGAUCAUUUCUGACGUCUGGAUCGGUACUCACGGUACAUGACUAAAAUCUUCUCGAUCGUCAGUAAUCUCUCUCACUGUGUUCAAGGUGUCGUGAGAGCAGCGUGGAUCAAUCCAGACGCUCCGUAUUACGCAGCUUGUUUCCACUAUUUCCUUGUAAAAUAAACAAGACUCUUUCAUGUUUAGUUUUGGCUGUGAAACGCCACAUUCUGUUACAGCUGUGGCUCAGCUCCGUCACCAGUUCAUAUCUGAGGUGAGGACGACUCGUAGUGCUAAGAACUGACAGAAAUAAGGAGGUCAAGAUGAUGUUGGUAAAUAGGUUGUUAUUAGUUUGGUGACGACUUUCUUGAGACGAGCUUCGUCGUGGGUCACAAACCAGCUAUUUUGCGCAGAGUACCGUCGGCUGAGGAGGAAGAAAGGGACAUGGCCUGAGGCGCAGAGGUGCGAGGCUGCACAGCAGGGGGCACAUCGGACUCAGACCCUCCCGAGACAGAACCCGCAGUGUGAAAAGCCCCUCAAAAAGCGUAAGAAAGUGAGCUGGCCAAUCAUUUCCUGGUACUAUGUGAGGCACCUGUGUGCCUAUAGUCCAUAGUAGGUGCAACAGCUAGGUCCCGGGGCUGAAUGGUGUUCUCCCCCACCAAGUCCUAGAAUGUUCUAGAGUGGCGUUACCUUGUCGUCUCUAGGGUUGGCCUGACAAAAGCCUGUGUUCCUCAGACUGGUUUACGGUGUUUUGCUUGACACCAUCGCUACAGUGCCCAAAGCUAAAGGUGCUGUAAUAAUGGCUCUCUCUCUCCACCGAGCCAAAGAGUGAUCAAAAUCUAAACUAAUGUGAUUUUCAGUCCCACGUCUAACUUGAAAAACUUGAAAGGCUUUUUAGCCCCGGCACUCUUCACAGAGAUCUCCUGACUAAACUUGUGAAUGUGGUUUUAGUUGAGAUGCUACCUAACGCUAACAGACUAGGCUGCUACCAAACCCACACACCUGCCAUCCUCCCGCCGUUUUCACCUGCUUAGUUCCUCGUCCGAUGUAAGGGAACAUUCCUACUUUAGCAAAGUAUGUUUUGCUGCUGCUUUGAUUUGCUUCAUGUGGAGUGUCAACAGAAGUUGUUGCCAUCUUGUGUUCUAAUUACUAAUAAAUAGUGUUUAUCCUCACUGCCUAUACAUCAAACACUGUGGCACUGGGCAGAGAAAAUAUUUUGGAAACUUUUUUUUUUUUUUUUUUUUUCGAAAGUUGUGGCAAUAAUACAUAGUUUGUUCGUCUGAGCGCCGUGAUGGCUUGGUCGUGGCGCGGCUAUAUCAUCUGACGGUGCGGGAUGUAUAGCUGCGGUUCUCCUCGUGUGUCUGCACUGGAUCCAUGAUAUUUAUUUAUGUCUUUCUUUUGACUUAUAUGGCAAACUGUCUAUAAUUAUAAAGUGCAAUUAUAAUAUAUGAACAUGUGCGUUCUCCAUGAAGUAUGGUGGGCGGAAUAACAUUUGCAAUGUAAAGAGCAUAAUUCCGGUGUUUCUUGCCUCUUUAUGAUGUGGAUUGUCAAGUAAAUGAAAUUUUCUAGACCUGGCAAACAUUUGUGUGACUGGUUUCCUGCCAGGCAAACGCUUCUCUCUUAUUGAUGAAUUAGAAAGUAGGCGCAGAAGUAUGAGACAUUUUUCAGUUUUUAUUACGAGGGGAUUUAAGGCUUAACCUCCAGCAACGUCUCCGUCUCCCCAGUCAUAGAUUUUAUUUGAUUAAAUCCGGCCUUUCUCUGGAAAAACCUCUGGUUUCUAAUAUGCUGUAAGUCAAUCUCUGGAUGAAAGACUCCUGGCUUGGAUCUUUGUGAAAGAUGCAAGCGGACGGUGAUAAUUCUGUUACUGUUGUGAGUUAUGUGAAGGCAUUCGGGGCGAAGGUUUAAAGCUGGAUAUAUUUAAAGGUGAGCUGUCACACAAUUAAAAGAUUCAUUUCA